UGACCAGGCGUGCUGCCCUCUCUCUCUCUCGCGCGCGCCGAUAUAACCAACUCCACAACCCCCACAACGCCGGCCAUCCACACACUCACUCCACUGCGCACAAUUCCACACUCAGCAAUGCCUCCUCCCCUUCGCAUCCUCACCCUCCUCCUCCUCCUCCUCCACCUCCCCUCCGCCCUCUCCUCCCACCACCACAAAGCCCCGGCGCCUCCUCCGGCGGCCAAGUACGCGGCGUCGCUCCCCGUCCUCCUCGCCUGCAACGCCACCCGCUUCCAGCCCGCCUGCGUCGCCACGCUCUCCGCCGCCAGCGCCACCGCCGCGUCCUCCGCCUCCGACCUCCUCGCCGCCACGCUCUCCGCGCUCCGCGCCCGCCUCCCGCCGGCCGUCUCCACCGCGCGCUCCGUCCUCGCCUCCUCCAAGAACGUCAACCUCUCCGCCGCCGCCACCAACUGCCUCACCGCCCUCUCCCUCUCCUCGCGCCGCCUCUCGCCGCCGCCCUCGCCGUCCGCGCUCAUGCCCGCCUCCGCCGCGCUCCUCCACCUCUACGACUGCUGGUCCGCCUACAAGUACGUCAACUUCUCCCGGACCAUCUCGGACGCCAUGGCGUACCUCAACGACUCCAUCACCGUCAACAGCAACUACAUCUCCAUGCUGGCCGCGCUGAAGCGGUACGGCGACGACACGUCCCGCUGGACGCCGCCGCAGACGGAGCGCGACGGGUACUGGCCGCCGCCCGCGGCGUCCAAGGCCGACGUGGACGCGCUCGGCGUGCCCAAGGGGCUCCCCGCGGACGCGACGGUGUGCGGCGCCGGGUGCGACUACAAGACGGUGCGCGAGGCGGUGGCGGCGGCGCCGGACAACGGGGGCGACCGGUUCGUGGUGCGCGUGAAGGAGGGCGUGUACAAGGAGACGGUGAGCGUGCCGUGGGAGAAGACCAACCUGGUGCUGGUCGGCGACGGCAUGGGCAAGACGGUCAUCACCGGCGACCUCAACGCCGACACGCCCGGCGUCUCCACCUUCAACACGGCCACCGUAGGCGUGCUCGCGGACGGCUUCAUGGCGCGCGACCUGACGAUCGCGAACACGGCGGGGCCGGACGCGCACCAGGCGGUGGCGUUCCGGUCGACGGGCGACCGGACGGUGCUGGACACGGUGGAGCUGGCGGGGCACCAGGACACGCUGUACGCGCACGCCAUGCGGCAGUUCUACACCCGGUGCCUCGUGGCCGGCACGGUGGACUUCAUCUUCGGCAACUCGGCGGCCGUGCUCCACGACAGCGACGUCGUGGUGCUGCCGCGGCAGCUGCGGCCGGAGAAGGGCGAGACGGACGCGCUCACGGCGCAGGGCCGCACCGACCCGGCGCAGCCCACGGGGAUCGUGCUCCGGGGCUGCCGCGUCAACGGCAGCGACGAGUACAUGGCAUACUACCGGCAGAAGCCCGGCGCGCACCGCGUCUUCCUCGGCCGGCCGUGGAAGGAGUACUCGCGCACCGUGUUCGUCGGCUGCACGCUCGCCGAGAUCGUGCAGCCGGCCGGGUGGAUGCCAUGGAGCGGCGACUUCGCGCUCGACACGCUCUACUACGGCGAGUACGGCAGCGCCGGCCCCGGCGCCGGCCGAAGCCGGGUGGCGUGGAGCAGCCAGGUGCCCAAGGACCGCGUCGACGUGUACAGCGUCGCCAGCUUCAUACAGGGGGACGAGUGGAUACCCAAAGUGUAGUAGCCUUCUUUUUGGUAUAAUCGUGCUCGCGUGAGCUAUUAGUGGGCGCCACUCACGGUCACGGAUGUACUGCAGUCGUUGCAGUUAUGCAAAUGGAAUGCAAUGGUGCCUAACGCAAA